AAAAUUCAAAACGAGGGGCACCAUGGAAAUAACUCAAACCAAGCAAGGGCAUUUUAGGUAUAUCAAUCUAUAAAUACAAAUAAAGAUCCUCAGUUUUUAAUCCCUCUCGCUGUAUCGUGUCCUACGGGUUUCACGGUUGAGCAGAUAAAAAAGGAUUUGCAAGAUGGACAGCAUGCAAAGCUUUUGGCAAUUGGGUGACGAGCUUCGAGGACAAUCAAAAGUCUCAGAGGAUCAUAAGUGGUUAAUGGCUGCGUCUAAAUUGGCUGAGCAGACAAGGUCCAAGGGUGAACGCAUGAAUAAUCUUGAUCUUUCAAAGGGUUUGGCAGAAAUAAGGCCAAGGGACAAGAUUGGAUUUCAGGAAGAUAAUAAAUUUGAAAGCCUUAACUUUAAUAUGUUGAACUUGGAAUCCAAGAUGACAGAAAAUGUGGGCAAAAGUUCUUUCAGAAAUGGUGUUUACAAUAUGAAUGCAGUGUACCAGAAAAACAACAUAAACAAUAUUGGAAAUCUGACUGGUAGCAAGUAUAGUGGUAACAGUCAGAAUAUCAAAGAGCCCAACAACAACAACAAUAACAGCAAUAACAACAAUGAGAACAGUGCAAAUAAUGCAGUUGACAAAAGGUUCAAGACUCUGCCUGCGACAGAGACACUUCCACGAAACGAGGUCCUUGGAGGAUACAUCUUUGUCUGUAACAAUGACACUAUGCAGGAAGACUUGAAGCGCCAGCUAUUUGGUUUACCACCAAGAUAUCGAGAUUCUGUUCGGGCAAUAACACCUGGCUUGCCACUCUUUCUUUACAACUACACUACUCACCAGUUGCAUGGUAUAUUUGAGGCAGCAAGUUUUGGGGGUUCUAACAUUGACCCAACUGCUUGGGAAGACAAAAAAUGCAAAGGCGAGUCGAGGUUUCCUGCUCAGGUGAGGAUCUGUGUUAGAAAACUCUGCAAGGCAUUGGAAGAGGAUGCUUUUAGGCCAGUGUUGCACUAUUACGAUGGCCCAAAGUUUCGUCUUGAACUCUCAGUUCCUGAGACCCUGGAUCUAUUAGACCUUUGCGAACAAGCAGGCUCUCCAGCUUAAGCAAAUUGCUUGCUGAAUAUGCAAAUGUAGUAGGCUUUGCGGUGCACGUUAGCUGCCUGCUUUUCACAGAUUUUCCGUAGAGCGUAAGCUUGGGGUUUAAGUCUGUUGGGUGAAAUCUUGUUGAGAAAAGUAGGAAUGGCAUGUGAGCCAGCUGAAUAAACACAUUUGUGUGUUGUGAAGGUACUUUUAAGCCUUGGUGGCUUAAUGUUUUAUAGUACCUAUUAUCUUAUAGACAGACUACCAAGAUGUAAAAGAGAAUGAAUGAUAGGCUGUAAUGAUCAAGUCCUCAGAAGAGGAAGGCCUUCGACGUAUGCAUGUAAACUGAGCGUGUGACACACUUGUUUGUUAUGUUGAGCAUCCACGUGGAGUUCUAAUCUAAUUGUUUUUAAAUUCUAAUUUUACAAGUUGGUGGAAUCCUCCUUGGGUUGCUAUAUUGUUGCCUAUUAGAAAAGCACAGAACAGGAUAGGGGAGCUUGUAAGUGGGAAUCACACCCCCCAUUUCUUGGUAGGCGUUUAUGCUAGCAAAUGAAUGUCAUGGGUAUGAUUUUAUUUGCAGUAUUUAUUUUUCAGUGUGAGAUAUUGAUAACGCUGUUCUGCUGCCAUAAGGAGCUAAUGGAUUGAUGUUUAUCA